GUUUGGUUCGGUUACGCAGGUUCAUAGUUCAGUCAUCACAUCAGUCAGUUAAGACUGAGGACCCGAGUCCAGAACGAGCGAGAGUCGCGACAGUGUAGUCCAAACUCGAGUUUGUUUCAACUUUUUAAAAUCAUCAUUCAUCCGUUGUUUCGUGUUUCGUUGAUUGCACGAGUUUUAAGUUAUUCGGACCUAAAUAUAUUUUUUUUUCGUAAGUUAAUGACUGCGGUUUUAGGCACAGGGUAAAUUAGUUUACUUUUGGACAGGCUAAUUUUCCUGUUGAACAAACAGUAGGUGGAAGUUUCCUUAAUUUUUUUGAAUAAUUUUGGAGAUCGCGAAUCAGAAGACGUAAAACCUCGACGUUACAGACCGAUAAUUAUUAUAAAUUUUCACUUUUCUAAGUGGUGUCAUAUUUAAUUUUCUUUGGAGAAGUGCAAUAUUAAUUGAUAACCAAUAUCCAAUAAUAUUCCAGCGCUUGAACCCUCAAUAUAGUGUUUGAACGAAUUUGUUUAUAGAAUUCAGUGUACUGGAUAGAUAAUGUUCUGAUGGAAUACCAUAGUUUAAUGCUCACAAAUUCCUAUAUUGUGACAAUAUUAGUGCUUUUUCGUGACAGAAUAAGCUUAUUUAAGUUUAUAUAAUGUCGGGGCUGCAUCGGAAUAACGUUCAGGAACAUCCAAAGUCACCCAGAGAAAGCUGUGAAGACUCUGAAGAUGAAAGCGAAAGUCUUGAGGAAAGCCCCUGUGGCAGAUGGCUCAAACGUCGUGAAGAGGUGGAUCAACGUGAUGUUCCUGGCAUCGACUGUGCCUUCUUGGCCAUGGACACCGAAGAGGGUGUGGAAGUAGUUUGGAACGAAGUCCAGUUUUCGGAAAGGAAAAAUUUCAAGAACCAAGAAGAGAAAAUCCAAAUGGUGUUUGAGAACCUUACCCAGCUGGACCAUUCCAAUAUUGUUAAGUUUCAUCGGUACUGGACUGAUACCCACAAUGACAAGCCUAGGGUGAUUUUCAUUACUGAGUACAUGUCGUCUGGGUCUCUAAAACAGUUCCUGAAACGUACCAAGCGGAACGUGAAAAGACUGCCUCUACGUGCUUGGAGAAGAUGGUGCACGCAAAUUCUCUCAGCAUUAAGUUACUUGCAUUCCUGUUCACCGCCCAUCAUCCAUGGCAAUCUGACCUGUGAUACCAUAUUUAUACAACACAACGGGCUCGUCAAGAUCGGAUCAGUGGCUCCCGAUUCCAUAAAUCAUCACGUGAAGACGUGCCAUGACGACUUCAAAAAUAUGCAUUUCAUCGCUCCAGAACAUCCUGCCAUAAGUCCGGCCAUAGAUAUCUAUGCGUUCGGAAUGUGUGCCUUAGAGAUGGCCGCUUUGGAGAUCAUCGGGAACGGCGAAUCUGGCAAGAAAGUGACUGAGGAGAAUAUCCAGCAAACCAUCGACCUACUGGAGGAUGAACGCCAGAGGGACUUUAUACAAAAGUGCUUGCGGAAAGAUCCUGAAGAGAGGUGUACUGCCAGGCAGUUGCUGUUCCAUCCUUUAUUGUUUGAGGUCCAUAGUCUCAAGUUGCUGGCGGCCCAUGUACUAGUUAGGAAUUCAGCAAACAUAUCUGAAACGAUAACGGACGAGCUGAUGCGACGAUGGUAUGGACCUGAGGUAAUAGUGGCGGAGAUCAAGCGGAAAAACCGCAGCGAAGUCCACACGAUACGGAUGACGGAUAUUCCUGUCACUGAGAAGCUGGAAAAGUUCGUCGAAGAUGUGAAAAAUGGCAUCUAUCCAUUGACGGCUUUUGGUGCUAAACAGCCACCAUUUGCCAGGUCAAGAGCCAUAUCUCCGGAGAUGGCAGAAUCCGUGAAAUCCGUGACCCCGGAACCGACUGACGUAGAAACUAGAAAAAUAAUUAAUAUGAUGUGUGAUGUUAAGUCCAAAGAAGAAAGCUGUGAUGUACUGUUGACUAUUGUUUUACGUAUGGAUGAUAAAAUGAAUAGACAACUAACGAGUUGUGUAUCUCCUGGUGAUAAUCCCAAAGUGCUAGCACAAGAAUUAGUUCAUUAUGGUUUUGUAAAUGAAGUUGAUCGUGAUAAAAUAGCGGCAUUAAUUGAGGAAGCACUAAGUUCAUCAGGCAACAUCAGUCCCGUACAAACAAAUCAGCACAAUUCGCUGCCAGAGCCAGAAAUCACCACCAUACAUCCUCCUCCGCAUGCUAGAAUGAUGUCAACGAUGUCAGCAGUAAACCCAAUUGCACCGACGCAAGUGCCCAUGCACUCUACCAGUUAGUGAUCGGCCCGGGAGGAGUGGCAACAUAAGUUUUUCCUGAACAAAGAAACUUUUUUUCUUAACCAAAUUUUUCGCGCAUCCGGUAUUUUUUGAAACCAAACUUUUUACGUUGGAUACAUACCUGAUAUGAGCUCUAUUCUAUAAGUUUUUUUUUAAUGUUAGGACCUGCUUCAGGCUUGUGAUACUAUUAGUUUUGUUUGAGAGAACGGAGUACUUCUCGCUCGGAGUAUAAAAUAACUUAUUUGAAAAGACUGCGAUUUCAUGUUGGACAUUGCGCUAGUCAUAUUGACCAUAAAUGUUUUAAAAAAAUCUGUGAUUGGAGCUCCGAUGACAUGCGGACAUUUAGCUAGGCUAUAGUUGAAUAUUGACGUUGUAGGAAUAUUUUGGCUUACCUAAUAAGAAUUUUCACAAAGUUGUUACUUUAUUCUACUUUUUUUUUAAUUAGUGAAAAAUACUAGGCAUGCCUAUACUUUAAUGUUGCUAAUUAUCGAGCUUUUGAUGUGGAAUUAUGGCCUCAAAGCAAAUUUGGAUUUUUACAAUUUUGAAAAUUACUUUUUUUAUUAGUCCAUGUGCAUAGUUGUCAAUUUUGAUCAUACAGUGCAAGUCAAUGCCAUGAAUCUGUUGAAAUUUGGAGGAAAGUUUUCUUUAGUCAUAAAAUUGACAGUAUUAAGGUGGCAAGAGUAGCCUCACAUUUGAUUUUAGUUCUAAAAAUGUUAAUAGAUGGCGCUAGGAUGCAGUAUUUAAAAUAUUAUUAUUUUGCACCUGGCCCAACCACAAUGCUCGCCAUUUGGUAUUAAUUAAGAUUUACACGGCCGAUUAUUUUUUAUCUUGGGCCAAUUUUUCAUAGAACAACUAAAGUUGAUUAUCUUGAUAUUCAAGUGCCCUAUUUAAACAUGUAAAUAAGCAAAAAAAAAUUUGUAAAUAUGUACUUUUAUUACCCAAAAUAUUCCUACAAAAAUAAUAAUAUUAGGGAUGUCAAUAGAAGCUAAACAUGUUAGAUGUCGAUCGGUUUCUUGUAAAUUUUUGUUACAGGCUGUUUGUUUAAAAAUAUUUAAUAACGACACAACAGUAAAAAUUUACAUCACAUUUAUUGUAAAAAAAAUAAAUAACUAUUUCCUUUUUAUAAAAGUGCCAUUUAUUAUUUCUUAUAUAAAUUAACGCAAUUUUUAAUUUAAUUGAUUAAAAUAAAAUAGGUAAGCGCAACUAAUACACAUUUCUUUUGGAAUUUCGUCGAGAGUAUUUUGAAAACAAUGGGAUUAUAAAGGAGUUAAGUAUGUUUGUUAUGAUCUGAAGUAAAAAUAGAAUUUUCCUACACCGAUUUGCGGAAAGUACCACUUUUUCAUACAGCGUGCGAGAAAAAAAAUUCACCGCACAGCGUUUCGUUCAAUUUUUCUGUCAUGCUUUUUAAACAUUUUAGAUUUUUUCGAAAUUUCUCCGUUUUUUCUCUUCAAGAAAGCUAUAAGCUUUUUGUACUGACCAAUAUCGACAUCUUUAAGAAGUUUUACACCAUAAAAAAUUAUUUCUAUCUAUGAUAAAAAUAAUUGUUAAUGUUCUGUUGUUAAACCUUCCUAAAUUUAAUUGAAAAAUCACCAUUUUGACUAUUUCUUCUACAUAUGUAUAAGCAGUAGAGCCAAAAAGAAACAAAAAAACAAUAUGUAUGUCAAUUUCCGCACGCUCCUAAGAAAAAUGUUGUACCUAACACAAGCAUAAAGUAUCAUUUCCGCACUUACGGCUUGUACGAACUCCGCUGGCGCGCCGGCCGUUGCGUAUAACGUUCCGCAUUUGUUGUUAGGUAAAUAACUAUUCCUUUAUGGUCUCUCCAUUUUUUUACAUGUCGCAAUCACUGUUUUAUUCACUGCCCAAAAAUAAUCCAGUCAUUAAGUAUUUAUUAUGUAGAUUUUUUUUAAAGAUUCUAAGCUAAGUUUUUCUUCUUUUGCUGCUAUGGCCAAUUUCUUAUAUUUGAAAUGAACUGGGCUCGCUGUAUCAUGCCCCCCAUCAUCACCUUUUUGUGUAUCUACUCAUUUUCCACAAAAGCUCUUAUUGCAUUUAAUCGUGUUUGUGGACAUGACCUAAUUUUUAUAAUGAGAUUUUUUAAAAUAUUAUUUCAAAAAACUGAGUGUCAGUUCUUUUAUCACUUCAAUAUUGCUAGCUCCAUUUUGGUAUUGGUAAUUUCACAAAAUUAAAUAAUUCUGUUACACAGUUAUGCAAGGAUACUGAUUUCAAUGAGUCCCAAAUUGAUUCAGGUGAUAGGGAUUCGAUGUAGCUGCCUGACAAUUCGAUAAAGGCAGAUUUUUUGUGGAGUUUCCAAAAAUUUCAAUUGGGGCUGCUUCAUUAACUUGGUUGAUUUAUGUUCUUCUAUAUGUGAUUUCGCUAUGCAGAAUGUUGAAAUGGAAUUAAAUUGUAGUUUCUAGUAUGACUUUAAAUUUGAUCCGAUUUACCCAAAUUUUCAUCGAUUGAAAAAAUACCUAUGUCUGGAAAUAACAUCAUCUUUUUACUAUAAUUAGUACCUACCAAACCUCAUACUUGCUAGAAGUUUUCCCAUGCAACAAAAAGUAGCCUGCCAGCAGCAAAAAAAUUAAAAUCAUAUAAAAAAAAACCUUUUCACGAAUUUCAUUACCUACUACUUAAUGAUUGGUUGAAAAUAUAAUAUAAGAACUAGAUAACUAUUUCUCAAUAUAGAUUGUACAAUGUCAAUAAAACCCAAAGUAUAUAAAUCAACUAAAAUCAUAAUAAAUAUUUCUCCUAAUAAAGAUUCCAUUAUUAGUGAAAAUACUCGAAAAAUAUAGAUGACUAAUUUAUAAAAAUGAUUCGCCCCUUGAGACUGAUUGUAUAGAGUAGGAUUUUAGGCAAAAGUGGGAGAGAGAAACGACAGGGUAAGGAAUAUAAGUAGGCAAAGGAGAGUAGGACCAAAACAAUUCUACACAUGAUUCAAUUAUGUAUCAGCUGUAAAUCGAGCUUUUGAACAUGGCUUAAAACACUAACAGGGUCAAUUUGUAUAAUAUAUCAUGAACUUAUAAUGAUUGAAUAAUUCCAUCAUACUAUGCUUUGCACUAAGUACCGACAAUAUCAUUUAUUUUUUUCAAAUUAAUAUUCUUUCAUUGACUUUUUUCACUCAGUGGGUUAGGUGAAUAGAAACAAGUAAAAAAGGAGGCAAAUUAACAUUGAAAAUAGGCCCCCAUGAAUUUCAACCAAAUUUCAAUAUUUUGAAGCUAUCAUCAUUACAAAAAAAAAUUGAAAUGUAAAGAGGAUCGUUAUAGCAGAUAUAGCUCAUCAAAGUACGUAGGUUCUAUGCUAUACAUAGGAAAUAUCCAAGGAUAUAUCCCUACGUAGAUUUUCUUGAAUAUCUCGAAAAAUACUAAUCUUAUUUUGACCUUUUUGGAGUUUGAUACCUACAAAAAGACCCCAAAAACGUUAAAAUCGGAUUAGUAUUUUUCGAGAUAUUCAAGAAAAUCUACAUAGGGAUAUUUCCUCCAAUAUUCCCCAUGCAUAGCGUAUCAGGACCUACGCACUUUGAUGAGCUAUAUCUGCUAUCACAGACAUACGAUCCUCUUUACAUUUCAAAUUGUUCUUUGCAAUGAUGAUACCUUUAAAAUAUUGAAAUUUGGUUGAAAUUUACGGGGGCCUAUUUUCAAUGUUAAUUGUGCCUCCUUCUUUUGAGAAAUUUUACUUGAAAUUGAGUUCUGGAUAUUCUGUAAUGUUGGUCGGGCAUAAAAUCAGCAUGACUGAUCAAUGCUCACAAGCAAUUAUUAAAAUAUAAAGAGAAAAAGUCACCUCACUUGCUUCUACAAAGUAAUUGAAGUACUUAUGAGAUAAUUGCCAGUAAACUCUCAGCAAAUUACUAACAAGUAUAAGCACCCUCCUAUUCACAUUUUUCUUCUUGAACAAUUACUUUUCUUGUAUUUUUUCGUUUUUAUUUGCCUCAUCCAUUGUGUUUCCCAUAAUUAAAUUUUACUGUGCAUAUUUUCGGAUUUUCCAAAAAAAAAACAUAUUCUCAAAUCAUCAGACAAAAAUGUCAAUUUUUAUACAUCUCGGUCGAAAACUUUUAGUGUUUUAAUUGUUAGCCAAUGAAAGAAUGUAAUAAACGUGUUCAAAAUCGAACAGUUAGGGCCUACAAUAAAUAAAUAAAUAAAUAAAUAAAUAAAUAGAUAAAAAGAAAUGUGUAAGCCAAAAAUUUUUUUAAUUUUUUUUUUUAUAAAGUUAGUUAAAUUCAAUUGGAUUUAUCUUUGAUAAAGUCAAAAUCAAAAGUAAUAUUUAAUAAUUAUUGUGAGCAUAGAAUUUAUGUUUCUCGUUUCUUGAUUUGAAAGCGCUUCACUAAAUAAAAUAAAUAAAUACAUAUUGUGAACUAGGAUUAGGAAUUAUAUAAAUAAAUAGUAAAACUUAUUACUUUUGGAAUUACAUUAUCAAAUAUUAAUGCUGCUGCUUUUAUUAUUAAUUAUUACUACAUAUUAUUAUUUUUCGGUUAAAAUAAAUACAUGUUGUACAUACAUAUUAAUUAUUAUUGUAUUGUCUUAAAAUGUAGAUUUUAAAUUUUUUAUUGAAAAAAAAACGUGUAAAAUACAACUACCUUUA